GACUACAUUAAUUUAAAAAACUACAAUUACUGGAUAUUCAAUCUGCCGUCAAAGGGUUACAAGUGUCGUGAUCAACGGAGGAGUUAAAUAGGAGUGAACUCCGGGUUGAGCGAGAGAAGUGGGAGAGAGAGAGCAGUCCAAGCCGUCGUGCGAAUAUGUCUGAGCCUAUUAGAGUUCUGGUGACCGGCGCUGCUGGACAGAUUGCCUAUUCCCUGUUGUUCAGCAUUGCCAAGGGAGAUGUCUUUGGCAAAGAUCAGCCAGUCAUCUUGCUCCUUUUGGACAUUACGCCCAUGUUGCCAGUCCUGGAUGGUGUUGUCAUGGAGCUGCAGGACUGUGCCCUCCCACUUCUGAGAGAUAUUGUCCCCACAGACAAGGAGGAGGUGGCCUUCAAGGACCUGGACGCAGCCAUCUUGGUGGGCUCCAUGCCCAGGAAGGAAGGCAUGGAGAGGAAGGACCUGCUCAAAGCCAACGUGGCCAUCUUCAAGAGUCAGGGCGCCGCCCUGGAGAAGUACGCCAAGAAAACCGUCAAGGUGCUGGUUGUGGGAAACCCUGCCAACACCAACUGUCUGAUUGCAGCCAAGUCUGCUCCCUCCAUCCCCAAAGAGAAUUUCUCCUGCCUCACUCGUCUGGACCACAACAGGGCUCGCUCUCAGGUGGCAAUGCGUUGUGGCGUUCCUGCCACCCAUGUGAAAAAUGUGAUCAUCUGGGGCAACCACUCGUCUACCCAGUACCCAGACGUGCAUCACUGCUUGGUCAACAUGUCUGGUAGCGAGCUCGCCUGCUUUGAAGCAGUCAAGGAUGAUGCCUGGCUUAAAGGAGAUUUCAUCGCUACAGUGCAGCAGAGAGGCGCUGCGGUCAUCAAGGCCAGGAAGCUGUCCAGUGCCAUGUCUGCGGCCAAGGCCAUCUGUGACCACAUGAGAGACAUCUGGUCAGGCACCCCCGAGGGUGAGUUCAUCUCCAUGGGUGUUUACUCCUCUGCCAACUCCUAUGGAGUCCCAGAAGACCUCAUCUACUCAUUCCCUGUCCAGAUUAAGGACAAGAACUGGAAGAUUGUGGAAGGCCUGGCCAUCAACGACUUUUCCCAAAUGAAGAUGGAUGCCACAGCAGCAGAGCUGAUGGAGGAGAGAGACACAGCUGUGGCUUUCCUAGGAGUAUGACUAGACCCUGCAAGGCCACCCAACCAACACUUAGACAGCCCCAAAACUCCAGACGCACGCCUGUGACGAAGCACUCUACCAACCUCUGUAUUACUGUGUGUGUGUGUGUGUGUCUGUCUGUGUGUCUGUGUGUGUCUGUGUGUGUCUGACCUUACACAAACACAGAGUAAGUGUUUAUGAGUGUAAAGUUGGAUUUCAACUUGUGCGUUGGGAGGCUACGGUGUAGAAACUAAUCCUAUGCACAUAGCAACCGUAGCUUUAGCUACGCUAAGGUGCGCCUUUUAAAAAAAUGUACAGCAGCUAUGGAGAUUCCAAAUGUAGACCGUGAUUGGCUAGCCUGGGUUUCCUUCAAAAGUUUUUGAUACCGGUGCAGGCAUAUUCUGUUUACUUUGGCUACACAUGAAGUCUCCUUUUCAGUAGACACCAAAGACACCUACAGAAGGGGCACUUCACACUAUGAUGCACAAGUAUAAUUCCACCUUAAGUGUACAGUAUAUACUGAAAGUCCACCAAAUUUGUUACCAGCUAUUUUUUUUUCUCUGGGUUUAAGUAAAACAUGGAUGGUUGUUACAUAAAAUCAAUGAUGCACUAAGUCCUCGAACACUGGAAUGGAUAACGUUUAAGCUAAAUAAUAAAAAACCUGUAGUAA